UCCAACGCAUUCGAUUUGCCAGAUCAAAUAACAAAGAAAAAAACGGACGGACAUCCUACCAAAAUGAGGUCUUCGAAUAUUUUCGGGGUAAUUAUACUGUGCAUUUUUUAUUCUAUACCAACUAUCAUAUCGGCAAAUGAUGAAGUGAUGAUCGAUAGCUAUUUAAAUCAAAUACCCGGUUUAGUGAUUCUGAAAGAUGUCGAGAUACGAAAAGACGGCCAGAACACAUCCCUUAGUAAAAUGUUCGGGCCAAAACCAGCCGAAUGGAGUGUUCAUGGUGGCAACUUUCGAGUUAUAACCGAAAUGGCUCUCACUGCGCAGUGUUGUUUGUAUUUCUCGCAAAUAAUGACAUUUUUGCAAACGAUAGAAAAUGAUUUUGCUACAUUGGAGAAUUUACGAAACAAAUUACCGACAAAAAAAACUGAUAAAAGAUGGGAUGCUGUAAUUGUGUUUAUCCAAUGUUUGGACUCUAUUAAAUUAAAAUUUAAAUCAUGGCGGUUAAUUACAUUAAAAAUGUUAACGACAGCUAUGAACUAUACAAAAGUGUUCAACAUACGAGCGGACAAAUAUGCAUUAAACGCGAUUAUGUCGUUUUACUUAUAUGUAAGUGGUAUCAAUAAACAAAAAUCCGCGUAUGACACGUCGUACCCACAAAACCAAAUUGAGAAAAAAUUCUCCAAAAGGUUUUUUAAAAUGAAGAUGUACACGCGAAACCUGAUCGAGUCGUUUGCAGUCUGGAAUUGUUCUUGGAAGGAAUUCGAUGGCUAUCAACCAAACAAUAUCGACUGUCAAGAUAACAAAAUUUUCAACGAAUUCAGUUUACCAGAAACGCACUUUAAACGCCAAUACUUCGAUCUAGAAACAUUAUUUUUGACCAAUGUUUCUAAAAUUCAGUUUUGUCCAAAUUCCGAAUACAGUAUUUUAGGAUCCUUGGCUGUGGAUAAUGGUUUUGGACAGCAAUUACUACAUAAUCAUUACAUAAAACACGUAAGAAAGGAGGAUCAUCGUUCAGAGAACAUAACAAAAAACCAGACAAUAGUAUUCCAGAGCAUAGCUUUGACAGUUUUUUAUUUGAUUAGAGAAAUAUUAAGAAUAUCCGAAAAGGAGGGCAUAACUCAUAAUUCACCAACAGAUAUUAUUGUAACCAAUGCCAUAAAUAUUUUAUGUCAUUUUAAUUUUCCCGGACUGUUACAUGUGAAAUUGAGAAACGUGAUGUAUGAAAGAAAAAUUAACAUAAACAACAAUAAAGCGUUAAGUACAAUAUUUUUAGGCUCUCAAAUCGACAGUUUUGAAAUUACUGAAAGAGUCCAAUACUCAGCCGAGGCUAAAGAAUUAAAUAAUGUAAACAGGUUUGCCACACUUUUAGAAAGAUUUACAGGUAAUAUAAAAGCCAUGGAAUCUGACAUAAAAGCAGUUGUAGAGAUAAAUAAAAGUUUGUGUGAUUAUGAAUAUGAAGAGGUUGGAUUUUUGCAAUAUGAUACUUCUAAAUAUAAACAUGAACGCUACGGACCUGGUAGCGACAAAUUAGAGGAAGCAAAACCAAUCAUGAAAUCAUUAAAAGAGAAUAAUUGUCAGUUUUCAUUUGUCGCCGUUAUUCAUAUUAUGUUAAACGAUUUUAUUUUGUCACAAUGCGAAACGAUAAUGUUGGAUGCAAAUAAUUUGCACAUGUCCAGCCAAAUGGAAUCAUGUUUUAACUCUAUGAUAAAAUCUAUCGUAUCGAUAGGAGAAAUGCUCGAUCAUUCGUUGAAUACUAUAUUAAACACAUUGCAUUCGACUAAGCCAUACAACAAUGCCAACCGCAACUUAAUUGAUUCAAUUUUAGCAAUGAAACUAUAUUUUAGUAACGGUAAUCUGCUCAAUAGCAAUGUGCCGCUAACCAGACAAGGAUCUGUAGAUAUAAACGGGGUGGUUUCUAAAAUUGAUAUGUUGAAACGAUCUCAUCGAUUCAUCAUAAACCUGAUCGAACAUUACACGGUAAAUAGAUGCUUAAAACCAUCAAAUCGUGAAGAAUUUACAAAAACCACCAAUACUCUGUUAGAUGAGAACUGUGGUAUGCUUAUGGCCGAUAAAGACAAGAGACGACUCAUAGAAUGUGUCAACAGACUCAUUAUAGACAAUUUGAAAAUCUAUGAAAUUGUCGAUACCCAAAUGGGUGGACGUGGCUAUACAGUAUAUAGAUUGUUAAUGAAUAAUAUUUUGAAUAAGGCUUCAAUCAAUGAUAGCAGUUUAUCAAUGUUGCACGACAUCAAAGUUUCGUGGGAUGGCCAAUACAUCAGAUUAGCGGAAAUUGUUGAUUUUGUCAAAAAUAACAUAAACCCAAAAUACCUUUGUAAAUAUCAACUGAUCAUGAUAAAAACGAUUGUUUUUAUAGCCUAUGAGAAUAUGAAAACAAUUAUUCAAACUAGUACAGUAAAAAAAAAUUUUUCACUUUACUACAACAAUUUGAAAAGAAUGCUAGACGCACUAAGUGUUUUAUUUAAACCAUUUAUCCCGUUGAGAAUAAAACUAGGGUAUAGAACAAUUUAUGAAUAUUUUAAUGAGUACUUCUUAGGUGAAGCUUCGAUUAAUAAUGAUACACUUAUUCGUAUAAUUGAAGUAGAACAAUAUUAUUUGGGAUUGCGGAAAGGAUCGUCUGAUGCCAAAGUCGAUGAAAUAGUACUAUCAAUACCAGAUCAUAUAUUAGAACUGACAUCAGAGUCACCCGAUGUCGAAAUGGCUGAAUCAUCUAAAGUGAAUAUCGACAUCAGUGAAGGCCAAGAAAAUAUUCGUCGAUUAUUAGCGUAUUCGUUGGUUGUUAAGGAAAUUUGGACUGAUUUGACAGUUGUUUUACGUUUGUUGGAUUUAAGACAAAUGAAAGAUAUUUUGGUUUAA